AUAAAACAGUCCUUCUAGAGAGAGAAAGAAGAGAGAACUUGAGAGUUCACAGAGACCAGAGAGAGAGAGAGGAAGUGAGAGAGUGAGAUCCGCUAUGGCUUCCCCCAAGGAGAGAGAGAACUACGUCUACACUGCUAAGCUCGCCGAGCAAGCCGAGCGUUACGACGAAAUGGUGGAGGCGAUGGCGAAAGUAGCGAAGCUUGACGUGGAGCUCACCGUAGAGGAGCGGAAUCUGCUUUCGGUUGGGUACAAGAACGUGAUCGGAGCUCGCAGGGCUUCGUGGAGAAUUCUGUCCUCGAUUGAGCAGAAGGAGGAGGGGAAAGGGAACGAUCAGAAUGUGAGCCGUAUCAAGGAGUACAGGCAAAAGGUUGAGUCCGAGCUCUCCAGCAUUUGCAGCGACAUCAUGAGGGUUAUCGAUGAGCAUCUCAUUCCCUCGUGCACCGCUUUCGAGUCCACUGUGUUUUUCUACAAAAUGAAAGGAGAUUAUUAUCGCUACUUGGCAGAGUUUAAGACUGGUGAUGACAGGAAAGAGGUUGCUGAUCAGUCAAUGAAAGCUUAUCAGGCAGCUUCUAGUAAGGCAGAGAGUGACUUACCCCCCACACACCCCAUCAGACUGGGUUUGGCCUUGAACUUCUCUGUCUUUUACUAUGAAAUAUUGAACUCUCCGGAAAGGGCUUGUCACCUUGCAAAGCAAGCUUUUGAUGAAGCUAUCUCAGAAUUAGAUACUUUGAGCGAGGAAUCGUACAAGGAUAGCACCUUGAUCAUGCAGCUUUUAAGGGACAACCUUACUUUGUGGACCUCUGACAUUCCAGAGGACGGAGCUGAGGAUAUCCAGAAGGCGGAUGGCGCUGCUAAACCUGGUGGUGAAGAUGCAGAGUGAAUGGAAGCGGCCUAUUAGUGUCCAGGGCUUGUGUAAUUUUACGGAUGGAGAAAGUGGAUGCAGGGUCUCUUUUCUUAUGGUGUUGUUAAUUUUUCUCCGGUGAGAUUCUAGUUAAAUGCUGUUGUUCUGUUAUUGUUGCGGUUGUAGUUCCCGCUACCCUGAAACGCAGAAUUCAUCUCUCUCUGACUUAAUGUAAAAGCUUUCUUCUACGUAUCUAAAUUUCAAUCCUCUGUUUGUGGAGAA